AUGGCACAUAUCUUUGACCUGGCCCCUCAGCUCACUGGGUCGAACUAUACCAACGGCGUCAGGUCCUCGGAUCGCGUCGUCUAUCCUGCGACCGGAGUGUUCCAAGGAUUCAACAAACCAUCUCGUCUCGAAGGCGACAUCUUCGAUCUUGAAAUCGACGGCGUCAUUCCUCCCGAGAUCAACGGGACCUUUUACAGAGUGCAGCCUGACCACAGAUUCCCGCCUAUUUUCGAGGAUGACAUUCAUUUUAACGGCGAUGGCAGUGUCACCGCGAUCCGCAUUGCCAACGGCCAUGCAGACUUUCGACAACGCUACGUCCACACGGACCGAUACAAAGCAGAGACGGAGGCGCGACGGGCGCUGUUCGGCCGCUACCGAAACCCAUAUACCGACAACGAAACGGUCAAAGGCGUGAUCCGUACCGUGGCGAACACAAACAUCACCUUCUGGCGCGGCAUGCUUCUGGCCUCCAAGGAGGACGGCCCGCCUUACAUCAUGGACCCAGUCACGCUGGAGACGAUAGGUCGGUACGACUUUGAAGGCCAGAUCUUGACGCCGACCUUCACGGCUCACCCCAAGUUCGACCCCGACACAGGAGAAAUGCUGUGUUUUGCUUACGAGGCUGGUGGCGACGGGCAUGACGGGUCCAACGACGUCGUGGUGUGGACGAUCGACCGGGACGGAAAGAAGACUGAAGAGUGCUGGUACAAAGCGCCGUUCUGUGGGAUGAUCCACGACUGCGGGAUCAGCAAGAACUAUCUCGUCCUGCCGCUCACACCCAUCAAGUGGACGGGGAUCGACAGGUUGAAAAAGGGGGGAAACCACUGGGCGUGGGAUCCCCACGAGGACCAAUGGUACGGUGUCGUGCCGAGACGAGGUGGAAAGCCGGAGGACAUUGUGUGGUUCAGAGCCGAUAACGCUUUCCACGGCCACGUCGCAGGCUGCUACGAGAACGACGACGGCCACGUUGUAUUCGAUCUUACCGUGGCGGACGGCAACGUGUUUUUCUUCUUCCCUCCUGUCGAUGAGAAGGAAGCUCCGGUCGCCGCCAAGCGCAAUCAACUCCGCAGUCCGACGUGUCGGUGGGUGUUUGAUCCCAAGCUCAAGACUGGAACCAGGGUGACUCCGGCCGAAACGUGGACGACCAACGGCGAGUUUUCACGCAUCGACGACCGAUACGUGACCAAGAAAUACAACCACUUCUGGCAGGCCAAGGUCGAUCCGACUAAGCCGUACGACUUUGCAAAGUGUGGCCCCCCGGCGGGUGGACUGUUCAAUUGCCUCGGCCACUAUAGGUGGGACGACAGGACCGAGGACGUGUUCUUCGCGGGCCCGACGGCAACGUUUCAAGAGCCGUCGUUCAUACCCAAGGACGGGGGCGCAGAGGGUGAAGGGUACAUCGUCGCGCUCAUGAACCAUCUCGACGUGCUGAGGAACGACAUUGUGAUCCUGGACGCUCUCAACGUGGCCCGGGGCCCCGUGGCGGUGAUCCACUUGCCCUUCAAGCUGAAGUUGGGCCUGCACGGGAACUUCGUCGACCAGAGAGACAUCGACGAAUGGAAGGGGAGGAGAUCCGAGUCGGGAGACGUGGGCCCAGCGCACCCUGCUCAGGACCCUCUGCCGUGGCAGGUUCGACAGCAACAGGGGGCGGCCUCCUCCUUGCAUAAUGGCGGCCAUUUGGGAGUGAACGGGAUCGAGACUAAUGGACUCGACAAUGGAAGCCAUUGA